AUGCCGUUGGCGGGUCCUCUUUUGACACAGCUUAGCAAAGAGAAGACUGGCUGGAGAGCUAAAAUACCCAUGCUGCAAGACAAUCAACAACGGCCAGAGUCUGCCGCCGCGCCGCCUUCGCCUUCUACUCCGAGAACAUCCUCUAGCGCCCAUGUGCAGAUCACCUCUAGUUUCUCGCUUGGAAGACCUGGUUCGACCCGGACAUCAUCUAGUCCUAGCCAAAGUCGACUGCCUCAACUUCUGCCCCAACCUACACUCCAACAACUGCAACAAAGACAUGACCACCGCAAGACUCUUAGCGUGGGUUAUACUCCUUUGCAAUCUAACUCCGUGCUGCAUCGCCAACGCGUCGAUGGUGUUGAAAUGGAAUACGCGAGCAAAGGCCAAGACACUAGGCUUCUAUCGCUCUUUCAAAAGGCCAGAUCCCAGACACCGUUCAGUCGUGCAACUCCCGCGAGCUCGCCCUCACUAAGCACUGGACGCAGAGUACCUUCACCAAAACACCAAUCUCCGGCGACACCGCAAUCGCCCUCAAGAAUCUGCAGGGGUGUUUUCAGCGAAUCUGGUCAACCUAUUGACUUUGUAGACUCGCGCCAGGAGCUAAUCCAGUACUUGAGAGUCAAGGCUGAAGAAACCCGAUUGGAGCUACUGGCGCUUGAGCAGCUGGAGCGGGAUGUCAUUGAGCAGGACGAUAGAGGCGACAGAGAUGACAGAGAUGACCGAGACAACAUACUACCUCCAUUUUUGCUGCAGCCAUCAUCCAUGAUCUCGCCGACUGACAACAUCAAUCAGCGCCUUUCCUCUCGAUUACCCGUUAUCCAUCAACGUAACGAGAACUCGAAACUUAUGCAACGGGAUUGCGUUACUGAAUAUGACCACCGUCAGUCUGUUUCCUUUCAGUAUUCCCCAGCGAACCAGCUCUUGCAAUAUAAUCAGCAACCACAGCAGAGGCCUUUUCAGCGAUUGUUGAUGCAGCCCCCUGCCAAACCCGCUGUCGGCUCUCAAGUAUCGCUCACACAGCCUUUAUCGAGAAUACAACCGGAACAGGUGUCCAGACGAUCGCAAGGCACCAUCAACUGUGCUUUGUCACCCUCUUCGCCCUAUUCAUCGACCUCACCCCUCAUCAGUCCACUGUCUGGCAAAGCUGUGGUGUUAGCCCGGGUCAACACGCAAGCCAGAUCGGUUGCGGAUUCUGCUUUCCUAGAAAGCAAACAACAGUCAAGUCGUGUUAAGGAUUGGGGACCAGCUUUGAAAGUCGCUGGUUCUUACAAAGAGUUCGAAGCGCCCGAUGAUUAUGCCAGCGAUGACAACCUUCGAGACGUCACCUUGUCCGAAAUGAUGCAGAGGCAUCUAGCAUUGCUCAGCGAUAGUGACGAACUGUACUCUGGUCAUUCCUCUAACAACCAAGGUUCAAGGCAGGAGAACGAUUCUGAAAGCGAGGAUGGCUGGCACCAAGCAGACAUGACAUUCACGGACAGGACGUAUCACUUCGUGUCCAUGCUGGAGCACGAUUACGACCAUUUGAAGGUAAAGAAUCAAGAAGUACCCUCAUUACUGGCCGAGACCAUCCCCGAGAACGACUUUGGGGACAUUUCAUUCAGGACCUGUGCCGAACUAGAAUCCACUGCUCACGGCAACAUCUCUUCCAGCAUGCAGGAACGCCAUCAACGGUCUUUUCAGCUACCAGCGGUAGCUCCUCAGGAGGGAGCUGUCACGAAUGAGUUUUUGAAGUCGCUUCAACCUCAGCCUCUGUCCCCUGAGAAUCAACGAUUCACGUUUGGCAAUCAACAAUCGACAUUCGCACCAGCAACAAACACAACCAUGGCUAAUACGCUGAGCGGUCAUCCCUUACCACUCCCCGCGUCCAUUAUCACCACGCGAGGACGCUUCCAGCAGACACCCCAACAGCAACCUAAACUGGACGAUCGCACGAGUGCGCAACAUCAACCCCGAGCGGGCCAGGCCGUUUCGUGGUCUCCGUCAACUUCGCUGGGCGCAGCAAAAUUUUCAUCUCAGUCCUCAUUGGCCAGCGCCUCUUGGUCGGAUGUUGGAACCCCCGACUCAGUUUACUACUCUGCAAGAGAGAAUUUAAUGGAUUCAGUUCAAGCCGAGGGCUCUCCAAAGCCCCCUUCACCGGUGAUUGCAUCGAUGGCAUUAUCUCGGUACCAACCGCUGGACAUGAUCAUCAUUCGUCCUGCAAAAGCUGCUGUAAGAAGUCCUACAGAUGAAGACUCUCUGUCAUGGUCCUCACCGUCACCUACGUUGUCUAUUGAAUCCAACCGUUCAACGAGCUCAUCCUGGUCCUGGUACUGGCCUUCACCCUCUUAUCAUUCAAGAUCCAACUCUCCUACGCCAUAUUUUUUUGAUGAACUGCGAACCAAACAUGGUCAGGUGCAUUCGAGCAAAAGAUUAAAAGCUCGACUGCCGUUCACGCUCCAAAAUGCCUCGACGCUCUCUGAGCGUGCACCGCCUCUCGGAGGCGCCCAUAUCAAAUCCAGAAGCAUGUCGUCGCUGAUUAAGCACCGGAAUGGUUGGCUCGGGUUCCAAGCGUUGGAUGUCCGGAUGGUUGCAUCGGGUCGUUGCCACAUUGUGGUGGUAACGCGGUCGAACCAAGUAUUUUCGUGCUGGGAGAACGACGAGGAAAACAGUAACUACGCCAAUGAUGAUAACUCUAUGAAAAAGGCGGGCGUAAGCGAAAUGGAGGAAACACUAGGCCGGAAGACUAAGGCCCAAAUUGACCCUACCUUCCUGCCUGAACUGGUACAGAUUCAGGAGGAUGUGGACACACUACCUUUUAAGAUUGUGAAGAUUGCCUGCUCUGACAGCGCAACGUUUUUGUUGACAGAGAAUGGCAUUCUGUGGGGAUGGGGCUCCUUUAAGGACGCGGCUGGUCGUAGGGUUGGAUUGCUUAGCCAAAAAUCGGCUUCCAGGCCAAUCCAGAUCUGUUCCCAACAGAUUAAGGACAUUGUCUGUGGUCGCAACCACAUCCUUAUCCUGAGUUUCUCGGGUGAAGUCAUCUCUUGGGGCGCCAACGAUCAUGGUCAGCUCGGUCGGUCCAUCUCAUCCGUUUCUGGGACAUCAACAUCACAGGAACAGCAGGACUUCGACCUUUCGCCACACUUCAUCGAGACCCUCCCUUGGCGUAUUGUGGGAAUAGGCGCAGGCAAAUUGUCUUCAUUUGCGUGGGAUGAAGAGAAACUAUAUGGAUGGGGGGACAAUACAUAUGGUCAACUCGGCCGUGCCCCUGCUUCGAACGUGACUACAACACGGAUCAAAGAGCAAUACCCCAAGGACGCGAGCGCGAAGAGUUGCUCUGAGCAGAAGGUUAUUGUAGAGUCUCCCAGGGAAAUCUCGCUCCAUUGGAAAGGAAAGUCGAUUAGGCAGGUUCAAGGUGGUGAACGUCAUACUGUGAUUUUAAUGAUGUCGGGCCUAGUCAUUGCUAUGGGGAAUGAUGACUUUGGUCAGCUCGGCAUCGCUUCGCCGCCAUCCUCAUCCUUAUCUUUAUCAAGUUUCCCCAAUUCGGCUCUUACUCCUGGAUCGCCUUGGCUGAGCGCCAAGGCACCUGCUUGCGAAAAAACCGAGAGUGUGGACUCCACUUUGUCAGACAAGUCGAAGACACGGCUAUUUCCUGCGCUGGUGAGGAUCGGUCCUGGUAUGAAAGAGAUCUGUUGCGGUGACUUUCAUACGGUAAUAUGCAGUGACAGCGGGCAGAUGUUUAUCUGGGGACUAGGGUACGUUGGAGUCCUCGCCAUCCAUAAUCUACGCAGCCUUGAUGAGACCUUAAGCAAGACUGACAUGAGAUUUGGCGGAAACAAGGUUUCUGUUGCAUCUGUCGUAGAGACGGCUCGUAAGGUUGUUGCUGUCUCGACCAUGCGAUCAGGUAUCGCAAUUGCACUCGUCUCCAGCAACUGA